AUGGCGUCUAGACCAGUGAAAAAAAGAAAGCUUACUCCGCCCGGUGAUGACGAACGCUCAUCCCGGAAGUCUGGUGCAAAGAUCCAGAAAGCUUUCUUAACAAAUGCGGCCAAUUGGGAUUUAGAGCAAGACUAUGAGACGAGAGCGCGGAAAGGGAAGAAGGAAAAAGAGAGUACUCGACUUCCUCUAAAGCUUCCAGGUGGCCGCGUGCAGCAUGUCUCUGCACCAGGAAAUGACUUCCAAGCCAUUGAGAGCGACGAGGACUGGCUGGAUGGUGCCGAGGAUGUGCCCGAAGAUGAAGAAUCUAAGGACAAGAAGGCGCCCAAAGAACCUGAAAAACCUGAACAUGAACAGAUAUUAGAAGCUAAAGAAGAGCUGGCCAAGAUAGCCCUGAUGCUCAACGAGAGUCCCGAUGAAAAUACCGGCGCCUUUAAGGCUCUAGCUAAGAUUGGACAGUCCAGGAUUAUCACGAUAAAAAAGCUCGCCUUGGCCACUCAGCUCACAGUAUACAAAGAUGUCAUCCCCGGCUAUCGAAUACGACCUGUGGCCGAGGAUGGGCCGGAGGAGAAGCUGUCCAAGGACGUGAGAAAGUUACGGACUUAUGAGACUUGUCUCAUCUCGGGUUAUCAGGCAUAUGUGAAGGAACUUACUAAACACUCAAAGACCGGCCAUGCGAACGGCCUUGCGAGUGUCGCAAUCGCUUGUGCUUGCAAUCUGUUGACUGCGGUACCACAUUUCAACUUUCGUUCUGACCUGGUCAAGAUACUGGUUGGAAAACUGAGUACGAGACGUGUCGAUGACGACUUCAAUAAGUGUCUUCGGGCACUUGAAACCCUAUUUGAGGAAGAUGAGGAGGGUCGUCCAUCUAUGGAAGCUGUAUCACUUCUUUCCAAGAUGAUGAAGGCUAGAGAGUACCAAGUAAACGAGAGCGUUAUAAAUCUCUUUCUGCAUCUUCGCCUACUGUCGGACUUCUCAGGAAAGGGGUCCAAGGACUCCGUGGACCGCAUGGAUAACGGCUACAAUGGCAACAAGCCCAAAUCGAAGAAGGAGUUCCGGAAUAAGCGAGAGCGGAAACAAAUAAAGGAGCAGAAGGCAUUGCAAAAGGAUAUGGCCCAAGCAGAUGCACUUGUUCAGCACGAGGAACGCGACCGCAUGGAGGGAGAAACCUUGAAGCUCGUAUUCGGCACAUACUUCCGGGCCCUGAAGAUGCGCGUGCCGCAUCUCAUGGGCGCCGUCCUGGAGGGUCUAUCUAAAUACGCGCACUUAAUCAACCAGAACUUCUUUGGGGACCUUCUCGAAGCGCUGAAAGACCUUAUCCGACACAGCGACGCAUCGGAGGAAGACGACGCGGAAGAAAACGAGGGCGAAGAGGCUGACGACGACGCGCCCGUCCGUAACCCCUCCCGCGAAGCCCUCCUCUGCACUACGACGGCGUUCGCCCUCCUCGCGGGCCAGGACGCGCAUAACGCUCGCGCGGACUUACACCUCGACCUGUCCUUCUUCACCACACACCUCUACCAGUCCCUCUACCCGCUAAGUCUGCACCCGGACCUCGAGCUCGGCGCGCGAUCCUUACACCUUCCGGACCCGGACAAGCCCUCCUCCUCCUCCGCCAAGACCCGAAAAUCCAACAGCAGCAACAAAGUGAACCUGCAGACGACCACGGUCCUCCUAAUCCGCUGCUUAACCGCGGUCCUCCUGCCCCCCUGGAACAUACGCUCCGUCCCGCCCGUCCGCCUCGCCGCCUUCGCGAAGCAGCUGUCGACCGCGGCCCUGCACGUCCCGGAGAAGUCGGCGCAGGCCCUCCUCGCGCUGCUCGCCGACGUCGCGGGCACCCACGGGCGCCGGAUCGCCGCGCUCUGGAACACGGAGGAGCGCAAGGGCGACGGCGCCUUUCACCCGCUCGCCGACAGCGCCGAGGCUAGUAACCCGUUCGCGGCCACCGUCUGGGAGGGCGAGAUCUUGAGGAGGCAUUAUUGUCCCGCUGUGAGGCGGGGCGUCGGGAUUGUCGAGAAGAGUUUGAGCGCGGCGGAGAGGUGA